AGGAUGAGGUUACCGGGCUACGAAUGCUCGGUCCCUGCAAUGGAAUACUUUGUGUUGCUGCUAAUCUGACGAUGAAGGAUGGAGAUCUGAAACCCGAUUAUGAGAUAGUGUUAUGGAACCCUGCCACAAGAGAAUCAAAGAUGCUCCCCCCAAUCAAUAUGCCCACCUCCACCUUUACUUCCAAUUUUGGCUUCGGUUUUGAUCCCAAGACUGAUGAUUACAAGGUGGUUAGGAUUCUGAGCUUCGAUUCUCAUCGCGAAGUUGUGGUCUACAACCUUAGUACUAAUUCUUGGAGGGCGAUUGAUUCAUCCCCUAACCCAUCUCAUUCGAUUAGGUUACCUCGUUUUCCUUCAUGCCUAAAUGGAGUUCUUUAUUGGUGGGCUAUUGAGGACCCUUAUAAUGAAGAGCGCCGACACUUGAUUUCCUUUGAUAUGAGCAACGAGGUGUUCCAAGAGCUACUGCCUCCCCCAACUCAAGGUAUUCGUUUUGAGGAUAUUGCUGUUAUCAAUGACUCUCUAACUUUGAUGUUACCAGGAUGCAAUUUGUUCGAAGAAUGGAUUGAGAUAUGGGUGUUGAAUGAGUUUGGUAAUGAAAGGACUUGGAAGCCAAAGUUUGCAAUCCUACUUCCAAAUUAUUGGGGUCUGAUACAGCUUCGGGAGGAUGGUUGGGCAGUUCUAGCCGAUAAAGAUGAUUGCUUGGUAUUGCAUAACCCAACAACAGAAGAAAGGAGGAAUCUUCAAAUAUCUGAGGCUGGAUUCUCUCAACUUGUUACUUACACGGAGUCCCUAAUUCUCCUCAAUGGACCGGGGAAUGUGCUUGAGCAACAAGCCACGCCAUAACAAGAUUCCGGACCAAAUCACAUAUUUGGCAUAUUACUUUUGGAUUUCAAGUUCCUGGAAUUACGUUGAAGUUUUUUUGUAUGAUCGGAACCAGAUGAACCUGACAAUGAGAAGUGCAACUCGGAUCAUCCUCUUCACAGUUGGCCUCUUUUUCUUUUGGUAAUACAGUCUGUAAUGGAAAAUCUAACUAGUGCUUCAAUUUCAUUGGAACUUUUGGGAAUGGAAUUUUUAUUUUGAUUAGAUUAUCCUUUCAAUUUACUAAAGUUUUUGGAA